GAAAAAUUUCAUUGUUUAUUUUAGGUGUGUAUUAUAAGGUAUUUACACGCGGUUACCCACUUGGACAACAUCCAUGGCAAAGUUUCUGGAUUUCGUCGACUCAAAGCUAGUCAAUCCAUCUGGAUCUGACAUUCGUUUCGGUUAUGACGAUAUUCCCAGCCCAGUGAAGGUGAAGCAACGUGCGGUGAAAACUCAGCAACAUCGCACCGAUGUAUAUAACCCGAAAUCUUCAUUGAAAGAACGCCGUGUUAGCAUUUACGAUAAUGAUAUAGUGGAAGUAGGCACAGCUGCCGAGAUAUCUAGACUAACACAGACCUUUCCUAGAACGCACCGUCAUGAACACGCACCUUUCACUAAACCUCGUGAUGUGUUCGAACGCCUAACUGACUAUAGGUUUUUCACUGGUUCUCAUAGGGAACGUUUCGACGAAAAUGGAUAUGGGCGCGGUUUAGCUGGUAGAGAGGAUGUUUACAUCUUCGAUGGUAACACUGAAUCUGUAUCCAGACCUCAUGAGGUUUAUUCCACUGUUUUACGAGGACCGCCGAAAACUGUAGUCCCUCGCGGCGUGCUGGGAUUGCAGAAGUUUGGAGUACAAAUCGCCACACCUAAAUUAAUGUGGCUUUAUCGCAACGGUGAUAAGUAUCAUGACGGUAUAGCGUUCUACGUCAGACCAUUCAUCAAGAACAUGGAUAUCCUUUAUCAACACAUAUCCCGUGAUCUGGAGCUGAUAGCCGGCCCUGUAAGACGUAUAUACGACCAGAACUUACACUUGAUUACUUCUCUUGACGAGAUUGUUGACGGUGCGAAGUAUUUAUGCACAUCAGGUGAACCGCCAGCCCCAGCUCAUCGGCUACAAAAGUUUAUGGAUGAAUGGGUAAUACAAAAGUUUGCCCAUUAAUCAAGGAUCUCCUCCUUGACCUCAAGAACCUCCUCGAAUAUGUCAUAGGACACCUCCCAAUUACUCUCGUCGAAAAAUUCGUCGU